GAUAAUGGGACUGUUAAUAAAACUAAGAAUCGGAUAACACCAUUUCGAAGUUAGGGGACAGACGUGUUUUGAUUGUAGCGAGUACUGAUUACUGAAAACAUACUCUCGUUUUUAAACAUUUGCAAUGAGGAUGGCAAGUCCUUAAAAUGUAAAUGUUGUGAAAGGUUCAAAUAACAGGAGAAUACAGGCCAGCGGGAAGAGUUUCUGGUAUGGUUCCGAAUAAUUCCCCAGCACAAACCGGAAAGCGCAUACCACGUCUCAACUAUGCAGCAGGACCCUAGUUACUGGCAGCGGUUUCGAGCUUAAGUGCUCGGGAUCCAUCGUUAUAGGCUGCAGGACUAUUAACACCAUUCGCUUUAAAACCAGAAGUGCAGCGAGUCACAGCAUUUUCUGGGCUGAGGGCGGGAUCCUUUCAGCUCAGCGCCUCCAGUCACCCAGAGCAACAACACUCACAGAAGUUGAUUGUCCGGUCCCUCUUUGGCUGACCUGGUUUCUCCCCACCUACAAAUGACUACACAUAAAAAAAGCACCUUUCCUUCUCUCUUGGAUGCAUACCUUCCACCUCAGCACAAGAAACAGUGUGACAGAGGUGAAAACAGCAGACUCCAAAAGACUGGAAAGCCAGGUAAGCUCAGAAAACAUAGCUCAUUGGGUGAGGAUGAAGAGGAUCUGAAAAUGAAAGCAACGAAGAAGGCCCUGCAGGAACAGCGCCAUCUGGAGGUUUACAAGAAUGUGCACAGGCUGCGUAAUGUCAUGCGUUUACAAUAUAUGGAUCUACUGAGCAAGAAAGUUCAACAGCAACGCCUUGUAAUUAAACAACGAGACCUUCAGUUCCAGCGUAACAUUGAGGAACAAGCGAAGAAACAGAAUACUUCAAGACGGCUAUUUGGUCAGCAGUCAGAAUGCUCCCAGUUCUGCCAUGAAAUCAAAUAUCUCAAGUCCAUUCCGAAGUCACAUUUUUACAUGAUUGUGGAACUGCAGGACCAACUGGCCAAGAAUGGAAUUUUGAAAAAUCAAGGAGAUUAUGAAGAAUUCUGGCACCUGUUAAAACGAACGCCACGUGCUUCACAGUUUGAAGCGAAACUCCAGGACAUAAAGAUAAAAAUGAAUAGGUCAUUACCUCGCUUCAACAAUAGACUUGGACAAGAUCUAGCAAAAAAUCCAUGUGAAGCAAGAAAGACAAAGAACCAUCCCACAACUACUGGACUUCCAGGAUUAUCCACCUUCCAGCACAUAAACCAUCUUGUGAGCAAACAAAGCAAAGUGCAGGAAGAAACUGAGCAAAUGUUUCCCAAGAUUGUGAUUCCUCAACCGUCUGCCUUCCCAAUGUUUUCAACAAAGCAGAACAACACCCACAAUAUGAUUAAUUCAAGACCCAAGUCAGGAAUACCUGGAAUGAAAACCCUUAAAAUGGCGCAGGAGAAUCCUCAUCACAUGGAAGUGCAUCUUGACAAGCUAUACCAGAUGUACAGGCGCUCUUUUGCUAACAUGGUGGAAGCCCAACGACUGCUGGAGAGAAGUGGCCACUUCAUGGAAUUUGAAGAGCCCAGCAUUCAAGAUUUUAUAUUUUGUCAAGAGACUGAUGGAACUGAAAAGGUUACCCAAAGUGAAAGAACAAAGAUUGGCCCUUGUCUAACCCUCAGUGCUGCUCACCUCUGUGAGGAACCAAAUUCAUUAUAUCUUGAAGUGUCUGAAAAACAGGAUGAAAUGUCUGGAGGAAUGCAUACUGAAGCUGUAAAUCAUGAACUCAAUGAGCAAAGCCAGAGCCAUGUUCCUCCAGACUCUAUGAAUGUUUAUGUGCCUUUGAAUAUUGAAGACAUUCUAUCAAACAACUAUUAUAUUUUGGAAGCCAAGCGUCCCAGUAGUCUUUGGAUAAACUAUGCAGACAAAGAAAUAUCGGAGAAGCCAAUGGUUCAGUACUGACUGUCAGCACAGAAUAUUGCUUAAAGACAGCAC